AUGCUCGCCGCGCGCGAUCAAGAGAAUCUGGUCCACGGCCAUCAGCAAGCAGCGGCCGCCAAACCGCUCAAUCAGAGCUCCAGGACUCUGCAGCCGAAGACACCCGGAAACCGAUAUCCAAAGACCCCGUUGAAGCUCCCUCUCAACGAUGAGAAUGCCCCGACUGGGUUUGGCGGGAAGACGGUGAAGGGAAAGGGCUUGGAGGUUCUGGCUACGGGAAAGAAAGGCGCGGCCUUGGACAAGAAUGCUUUCGUGACGCCUCUGGGCCCGCGAACACGAGCCCCCCUGGGGAUGAAAACGACCAACGCGAAAGCCAAGGCCAUCCAAACCCCCGCCGGUCCUGCCCCAGAGAAGGAACUCGAAAAGACUCAAGCUCCAAAAACAAGCGCUCGACGUCCAAAGAAAGUCAUCCAUGGCGAGACAACUAAGAUACAGGUUCACGGCGACCAAAGCCCUCUGGCAGAGCGAGAAGUUGAAUACGCACCUCCCAAACCAAAAGACCUUCCAUACGAAUCCGAGGAUUUCCCCAAUGGUUGUCUUAACUACGAUGUUCUCAAGUCAGGAAACCUAAUGAGGGGAAUUCAUCAAACAUAUCACUGUGACGUAGAUGAGAAUGGUCUUACGAGGUUGGAGCGAGAGUACGAGGAGGGUUAUAAGAAAUCGGCCAAGGAGACCGAUGAUAAAAUUCUGAAGAUGAUGGAGGAGGACUGGACCGUUGGGGAUGUUCCAGAAACAUUCCGACAUUUGCGAAACAGGUCGGAACCAAAAUCAGUUGCACCUGUCAAGAAGACUACGGCUAUCCCAACGAAGGGACCUCCAACUAUCGUAUCAAGAAGAGCUGCCUCCGCCCUUUCAGUCGCUCCCAAGACGUCUACCGCUGCUCCCACAACCUCCAAAGCCGCUCCAAAGCCGGCAAAGCCGAUAAUGCCUCUCAUCGUAGGACGUUCAAGACCCACAUCAGUACCUAUACGAUCAAACGCAUCAACCAUGCGUCACAACGCUGCUGCUGCCGCAUCCAAAAGCACAAUCGGAUACACCAAAGGUCGAAACGCCCUCAACGCUUUGCAGAAGAAAGAGGGUGGCUUGACGAGGAGCGUUAGCAACCUGAGCGAUAUAUCAGAUACCACCAUUACCCCGGCUCGAUUCGCAGACCAAGAACAGGAAGAAUGGCGACGAUUCGACUUCCUCCGCGUCUUCGAUGCCGACGAUGAGGAUUUGGAACCCGGCCUCAGGGGCGCCCUGCCUGAUAGUCUGCGAGUAGAUGACGACGACGACGAGGAGUUCGUCCUGAAGUUAGGCUCGUGA